UCAUUAGUACGGUGUAGUCUAUGGACCAUUGAGGAGCUUUGUGUUUGUGUCAGUUUGUGUGGAUUGCAGUAUUAGUGGAAUGUAAUAAUAGCUACUUGAAAUUUUAAAAAUAUAUGUUUACUUCAAACAGCGCUUACACUUUAAAUUAAUGGAUUCUAAGCAGAGUUUUGCCUCAAGUGUGGUUGCUGAAGAUCACGAGUAUGUUACCCCAAAGAAAGGCAUCAUGUCUGUGGAAGAUAUGCACAUUUGGGAGAAGUCAGAAGCUUAUAGUGAGAUAGUGGGCUUCAUCCUGGCCAUGAACGCGGCCGUGCGGGGGAAGUCCCUGUCCUGCAAGUGCGCUGUGAGCCCGGUGACGGAAGGCGUGGUGGCCUUGCUCGACAAGCUGGACGUGUGGAUAGACGAGGUUCCCCCCAUCGAGCAGCCGCAGAGGUUUGGCAACAAAGCUUUUAGGACGUGGAUCGACAAGUUGAGAGAGGGAGCCCUCGGGCUGCUGCAAGAGGCGCUGCCCCGGGAGUUCCACCGGGCCGUGCCGGAGGUGAUGGUGUACCUGGUGGAGAGCUUCGGCAACCAGACUCGCAUCGACUACGGCACGGGCCACGAGCUGGCCUUCCUCAUGUUCCUGUGCUGCCUGUUCAAGGUCGGCGCCUUCACCGCCAGCGACCAGGCGGCCAUCGUGUGCAAGGUGUUCCACAGGUACCUGCGGCUGGUGCGCAGGCUGCAGCUGGUGUACCGCAUGGAGCCGGCCGGCAGCCACGGCGUGUGGAGCCUGGACGAUUACCAGUUCGUGCCCUUCAUCUGGGGCAGCUCGCAGCUCGUCGCUCAUCCACGCAUUGAACCAAAAUCCUUUGUUCAAGAAGACAUUGUCAAAGCUUAUGCUCAUGAUUACAUGUUCCUGGGUUGUAUUGAAUUCAUUAACAAGGUUAAGACAGGCUUGUUCGCAGAGCACUCGAACCAGCUUUGGAACAUCAGUGCCGUUCCUUCGUGGUCGAAAAUAAAUUAUGGACUUAUCAAAAUGUAUAAAAAUGAGGUGCUGGCCAAGUUCCCGGUCAUCCAGCACGUGCUGUUCGGGUCGCUGCUCCCACUCAGACUCCUCCAGGGGAAGUGAGGGGCAUCACGCAUCAUGCGUGUUCUGUCCAGAAGAUAUAUUAAUACGGGACAAGCCCAAGAAAGAAUAAUAAUAUUAGAAGACAACUUGAGUGUAUCAUAUUAACUUGUUUAUUGUUCUCUUGCAUUAUUUCUUCAUGUUAAUAAAAUUUGCUACUCUUACAA